UUUUAUCCCCAAAAAAAAAAAAAAAAAAAAAAAAGGUAAAAGGACAAAAAUUUGACACCCAAAAGCCAAAAAGUUUUCAGGCUCCUUUUGCAUGGGAAACUAAAAAACUGAAAGAAGUCCUUCCCAGUCAAAUUCACACAAUACCCAUUUCUGCAUUUCUACUCUUUCACAUAUUUCUGUCCUCUUCUUCCUUCUUAUAGAGAACCUGCAGAGCUAAUUUUAUUUUUUGGGUAGUUGGUUUUAUUAGAAUUAGUACCAGAAACCUUGGUAAUUAAAAAAAAAAAAAAAAAAAAAAAACAAUGGGGUACGGUGAGAAAGAGAAUACAAGAAGCUCUGCUGCAAACAAUACUAUGAUGGAGAUAGAGGCAAGCAAACCAGCAGGAAAUGGACUUGUUCCAACUGGGUUGAGUCCUCUCAGUGAGACUCUAUGGAGGGAGAAGACUGAUUUAGAAUUUGUAGGAGAUGUGUCUGCUAGGCUUACAUGGAAGGAUCUGACUGUGAUGGUCACUCUCAGUAAUGGAGAGCCCCAGAAUGUUUUGGAGGGACUCACUGGUUACGCAGAGCCUGGAACUUUUACAGCUCUAAUGGGUCCUUCUGGUUCAGGUAAAUCAACUUUGCUUGAUGCUCUGUCUAGUCGUUUGGCUGCAAACGCAUUCCUCUCAGGAGCAAUCCUCAUCAAUGGCCGUAAAAGGAAGCUCUCCUUUGGGACUGCAGCCUAUGUGACCCAAGAUGACAACUUGAUUGGAACACUGACUGUGAGAGAAACCAUUUCCUAUUCAGCUAGAUUGCGUCUCCCUGAUAAGAUGCCAUGGUCGGAAAAGCGUGCUCUGAUUGAGAGUACCAUAAUAGAGAUGGGUCUCCAGGAUUGUGCUGACACAGUUAUUGGCAAUUGGCAUUUGCGUGGUAUCAGUGGGGGAGAGAAGAGAAGGGUUAGCAUUGCUCUUGAAAUCUUGAUGAGACCAAGAUUGCUUUUCCUUGAUGAACCAACCAGUGGACUUGAUAGUGCUUCGGCUUUCUUUGUAACUCAGACAUUACGUGGCCUAUCAAGGGAUGGAAGGACUGUUAUAGCCUCGAUUCAUCAGCCUAGCAGUGAAGUCUUUGAACUAUUUGAUCAAUUAUACUUGCUUUCUGGUGGCAAAACUGUAUAUUUCGGUCAGGCUUCCGAGGCAUACGAGUUCUUUGCACAAGCUGGCUUUCCCUGCCCUGCUUUGAGGAACCCGUCUGAUCAUUUUCUUAGAUGCAUUAACUCUGACUUUGAUAAAGUAAAGGCAACCUUGAAAGGGUCCAUGAAACUCAGGUUUGAGGCAAGUGAUGAUCCUCUGGAGAAGAUGACAACUGCUGAAGCUAUAAGAACUCUCAUUGAUUACUAUCGAACUUCUCAAUACUGCUACACCGCUAGAGAAAAAGUCGAAGAGAUAUCUAAAGUUAAAGGAACUGUGCUGGAUUCAGGAGGAAGUCAGGCUAGUUUCUUGAUGCAGUCCUUUACAUUGACCAAGCGAUCGUUUGUAAACAUGUCAAGGGACUUUGGGUACUACUGGCUCAGGCUUGUAAUUUAUAUCGUAGUCACAAUAUGUAUUGGAACCAUCUACUUGAAUGUCGGGACGAGCUACACUUCAAUUCUGGCCAGAGGUUCAUGUGCAUCCUUUGUGUUCGGGUUUGUUACAUUCAUGUCGAUUGGUGGAUUUCCUUCAUUUGUAGAGGACAUGAAGGUUUUCCAGAGAGAAAGGCUGAAUGGCCACUAUGGUGUUACUUCAUUCGUCAUCAGCAACACACUCUCUGCAAUGCCAUUCUUAAUAUUGAUCACCUUUCUGGCUGGAACUAUCUGUUAUUUCAUGGUCCGCCUCCACCCGGGUUUUGAGCAUUAUAUAUUCUUUGUGUUGUGCCUUUAUGCAAGUGUCACUGUGGUUGAGAGCUUGAUGAUGGCCAUAGCCAGUGUUGUCCCUAACUUCUUAAUGGGUAUCAUCAUAGGGGCUGGAAUUCAGGGUAUAUUCAUGCUGGUCUCUGGCUACUUCAGGCUCCCAAAUGACAUCCCAAAGCCUGUCUGGCGGUAUCCAAUGUCCUAUAUCAGUUUCCACUUCUGGGCUUUACAGGGGCAAUACCAGAAUGACCUCAGGGGCUUGUUGUUCGACAGUCAAACUCCAGGCUUCAAGAUACCCGGUGAAUACAUUCUUGAAAAGAUCUUCCAGAUUGAUGUGCACAGAUCAAAAUGGAUAGACCUCAGUGUUAUCUUCAGCAUGAUUGUUGUCUACCGCAUCAUCUUUUUGAUCAUGAUCAAGAUCAAUGAGGAUGUGACUCCUUGGGUGAGAGGUUAUGUAGCAAGGAGAAGAAUGCAACAGAAGAAUGUAAGCCAAAACAAGACAGUUGCUCCUGAUGGUCUCACCCAGUCUCCUUCUUUGAGGGCCUAUGUUGCAACUGGAACCAGUAAAAGAUAGAUGUGAUUCACCACAAGGCAAGAAUAUAUUUCAGCCAAACUAUAUACUUAAAAACACUCAAGUUUGAAUAAAACUAGUUUAGAAAAUGCUCUAUGGAAUAGAAUUAAGUUUUUUUUUUUAAACUUUUUUUUUAGUUUGAUUAUAUAUAGUCAAAGAGUAUCUGUUUUGGUUGCUUCAUUUACCACAGAAAUUGGGAUUCACCAAAGGGUGAACAAAUGUUUAAUCAGUAUGCUGGACUCCUUGUGAUAAUGUUAAUGUCUAGCAGGAAAUUCCCUCC